AUGAGUGGUGAUCACCCAUCGCUCGAGGGUUGCCUCUAUUAUGGUGUCCCCAAGUACCGCCCCCGGCGCCGACGUCGACCACAAGACGAUGAAGAUAGCGACGAGUCCGCGUCUCCGGACCCCUCCUACGUAUCGAGCAGUAAACGCCCGCGCAUCAGCCCCGCCGAGAAUGAGCAUGCGGAGACAGGAGAUGAAAAUGAUCAGGAAAGCGAUGAAACCGACACCCCCGAGCCCUCCACCCAAGCACCCGCACCACAGGUGGCCGUUCACCAUGAACUCGGGCCUGAUGGCUACAAGCCCGGUGCGAUCAGGCGCAUCAAGGUGACCAACUUUGUGACCUACAACACCGCCGAGUUCGAACCUGGUCCGAAACUGAACAUGGUCAUUGGUCCUAAUGGAACGGGUAAAAGUACUUUGGUCUGUGCGAUAUGUCUGGGUUUGGGAUGGGGUCCUGCGCACCUAGGACGUGCCAAGGACCUGGGCGAGUUCGUCAAGCACGGCUGUCGCGAGGCUACGAUUGAGAUCGAACUGGCUGGACCACCGAAGGUCUCUGCAAACCCUGUGAUCCGUCGGACGAUCAAGCGGGAUGGCAACAAAAGCUCAUUUACUAUAAAUGGGAAGCCCGUCUCACGAUCAGUGGCGCUUAAAUUUUCGCAGUCAUUCGCAAUCCAGGUGGACAACCUGUGCCAGUUUCUUCCCCAGGACAAAGUCGCUGAGUUUGCUGCACUCACGCCAGUUGAGCUUCUCCAUUCGACGCAAAGGGCGGCAGCUGGCCCCGAGAUGAUCGAGUGGCAUGACGGUUUGAAGAGACUGAGAGCAGAACAAAAAAGACUCGAGAUCGAGAACAGGGCCGAUAAGGAAGUCCUGGCAAACCUGGAGAAUCGGCAAGAAAUGCAGAGAGCCGAUGUUGAACGGAUGCGACAAAGAGCCGAAAUCAAGCGAAAGAUCGAAAUCUUCGAGUUUCUACGUCCCAUUGUGGAGUAUAAAGAUUUCCAUAAAACAUAUGAGGCACUGAAGGCUACCAAAGUCGAGUUUCAGCGUCAGUACGAUGCGCUCAAAUCGGACCUCGAGCCUGCCUUGCAAGCCGUCACGGGCAAAAAACACUAUAUCGAUCAGCUAGAGCUUGUGAGAGAGCAUCGAAAACACCUGGUCGAUCAAGCAGCCGAGAAGGCCUCUGAGCGUGGAAAGAAGAUUGAAAACUUUGAAAACUCGAUCAAUGAUCUUAAUUUGCAAAUUGAAGCCGAAAGAAAGUCCGGUCAAAAGCACAAAUCAGAGGCAACCUCUGUCCAACAAACUCUGAGCAGGCUUCGACGCCAAUUGGAUGAAGAGGCAGUGGAGUUUGACCCUGAUUAUUUCAAUGAGAAAUUGAGAGAAAAACGACUCGUGAAGCGGGAACUCGAGACCAAGGCUAGAGAAAUACAGGAUCGGCGGCGUCCGUUGGUUGAAAAAGUCCAAGGAUUUCAGCGCAAUAUCGAGCAAGCCGAGCGUCUGCUGAGGAAUUUGGACUCGCAGUCGGGACAGCAAGAGGCAAAACUGGAGCAAGCAUCCUCUGACACGCUCAAAGCUUAUCGAUGGGUCCUCAAUAAUCAAGACAAGUUUGAGCAGGAGGUCUUCGGUCCGCCGGUGGUGACAUGCUCCGUUAAUGACCCGAAGUACGCCGAUGCCAUCGAGUCCUUGUUUCAAAAGACGGAUUUCCUCGCGUUCACAACACAGAAUCGGCGGGACUUCCGGACUUUGCAACGAGCGCUCAUAGGAGAAUUGCAGCUUCACGAUGUCAGCAUCCGGACUUGCUCCAUUCCUCUCGGCAACUUGAGGUCUCCUUUCUCGGAGGAUGAAGUUCGCCGGCUCGGGUUCGAUGCAUGGGCCAAAGACCUUCUCAGCGGGCCUGAGCCGGUUCUUGCCAUGCUCUGUAGCGAAAACCGGCUCAACCAGACGCCUGUUGGGCUAAAGGAUAUCUCGGACGAGAUGUACGCUGAAUUAGAGAGCGGGUCGCUGUCUUCCUGGGUUUCUGGAAAGUACAGCUAUCAAGUCAAUCGGCGUAGGGAAUAUGGCCCCAGCGCCACAUCGACUCGCGUUCGGCCGGUCAAACCAGCCCAAGUGUGGACGUCCAAGCCCGUGGAUACCUCGGUCAAGCAACAACACCAGGAGAACAUCGAGCUGUGGAAAGAGCAGCUGGCAGAGGUCUCAGACAAGAUGCGGAGCGAGAAAGCCACGCUGACCGAAGUUCACAGCGCUCAUGAGCGGAAUACUGAAGAAACAAAAGAAAUCGAGGAAGAGAAGGCUGCGAGGCAAACGGCACAUACCCAGCAUCGUGCUAUCCCCGAAAGGAUAAACCAGCAAGAAAUCAAGAUGAAGAAUCUGCAAACUCUGUUCGAGCAAGUCCGCACCAGAGUCCGUGAAAUCCGCAACGAACAGGACGACCUUGCCAUCCAGAAGGCCGAGGCCGCCGUGGAAUAUGCUGAGGCCGUGGAAGAGCUUCGUCGGGUUUAUGAGGAGCUUGUGAAACUCGAGAUCCAGUAUUUGGAAGCAACGUCUGACAUUGCGACAUUGAGAGAACGCAAUCAUGAUUGCGCCAAGAUGCUGGAAGAAAAAGGCCGAGAAGUGAAAAAGGCACUGGCCGACGUCAAAGAGGGCGGCGAGAAAGGACGAGAACUUCUGCGGAAAGCGAAGCAGAUCACUCGAGCGGCGGCCGAACAACCGGAUGCUAAUGACAUGCUCGAGACUCUGGGAGAGUACGACAUGGAUAAGCUCAACGCCGAUAUUGACUCUGAAAAGGCACGUCUGGAGCUCACCCACGGCGGCAGCAGCAACAUGAUCAAAGAGUUCGAAGAGCGAGAACGGCAGAUCGAAAAGCUGCAGUCCAAGCUCGCCGAUUUCAACGGCAAGCUUCGAGAUCUCGACGGAGGUAUCAAUGAGGUUCGGAGCAGGUGGGAGCCGCGGCUGGAUGCGCUCAUCCAGAAAAUCAGCGAUGCCUUUUCGGAUUCGUUUGCGCGCAUUGGCUGUGCAGGACAGGUCAGCUUGGACAAAGUAGAAGACGAGCCGGGUCCCAAUGGUGAGCCUGGGGGCAGCGAGUUUGACCAGUGGUCCAUCCAGAUCCAUGUCAAGUUCCGCGACCACGAGAGUCUGUCGCUGUUGGAUUCACAUCGUCAGUCGGGCGGCGAGCGCGCAGUCAGCACAAUAUUCUACUUGAUGGCACUCCAAUCGCUUUCAGCGUCACCCUUCCGCGUCGUCGACGAGAUCAACCAGGGUAUGGACCCGCGGAACGAGCGCAUGGUCCACGAGCGACUGGUGGACAUUGCCUGUGCCUCGAGCGGCUCGGAGGCCGACGGUCACGACAGCGAGACCCAGGACUGCAGCGGCGGAGGGCAAUACUUCCUCAUCACCCCGAAGCUGCUCAACGGACUGGCCUACAAGCCGGGCAUGAAGGUUCUCUGCAUCUACAGUGGCGAGCACAUGCCCGAGAACUACAAGCAGCUUGAUUUUGGCCAGGCCAUUCGCACCAUGAGGGCGAUUGCGGAGCAGCGUGGAGGACCCACGGGCAACGGCAAGGGGCGAGCGACCGCAAGCCGGCCGGUGGAUGUUUACGCCUGA